AUGGAACAAAGAGGAUACGAGGCACCGAGGCUGAGGCAGCGGUGUAUCGCCUUCGCGGUUGGUUUAGUUUUGAUGAGUGUGGCCUCGGCGCAGAUCAGAUAUUCCAUCUUUGAGGAAGUUAAAGAAGGAACUGUCGUUGGGAAUAUAGUAAAAGACCUGGGAUUAGAUAGGAGCACUCUCAAAGACAGGAAGUAUCGGAUUGUUUCUACUUCUACGGAUCCCUUUUUCCAUGUAAAUCAGAAGGAUGGCAUCUUAUAUGUUAGCCGAAAGAUUGAUAGGGAAGAGGUAUGCGAACGGAGCAGUACGUGUUUAAUUAACGUGAAAACCGUGCUAGAAAAUCCACUUGAGGUACAUUAUGUUGGGGUGGAAGUGCUGGAUGUAAAUGACCACUCUCCGAGCUUCCCGGAGAAAGAAAAAAGGUUAGAUAUUUCAGAGUCUGUGUUACCUGGAGCUCGCUUUCAGCUGCAAGCUUCACGAGAUCCAGAUGGUGGUCAUUUUUCUGUUCAGCACUAUAAACUUAGCGACAACGAUCAUUUCCGUUUGGAAGUUAAAGAUAAGGGAGAAGAUGGGAAAGUACCAAUAUUAGUGUUGCAAAAGUCUUUAGAUAGGGAAGUUGUGAGCAGCCACUCUUUAAUUCUGACAGCAUUUGAUGAGGGAAAGCCUCCAAAAUCUGGAGAAAUGAACAUUCGAGUAGAUGUGUUGGAUGUUAAUGAUAACACACCCAUUUUCUCUAAAGAUGCUUACUCUGUGAUGCUCGAUGAAAAUGCCCCAGUAGGGACAACAGUGAUACAAGUGAACGCAACUGAUUUGGAUGACGGUCCGAACGGAGAAGUGAUGUACUCAUUUGGAAACAGUGUGAAUCAAAAAUUAUUCAAGCUUUUUGAAAUAAACUCAUCAACUGGAGAAAUAAUUGUGAAAGGUCUUAUAGACUAUGAACACAAGGACAAAUAUGAAAUUGAAAUUCAGGCAUCUGAUAAAGGUCUUGCUCCCCUGACUACAGAAAAAAGUGUCAUUAUCAAGAUAGUUGACGUGAAUGAUAAUGCUCCUGAAAUCGAAGUUACUUCGUUUUCCAGCUCUAUCCCAGAAGAUUCCAGACCUGGAACAACCGUUGCCCUUAUUAGUAUAAGUGAUUUUGAUUCUGGCCUCAAUGGAAAAGUAGUUUGCUAUAUAAGUGAGGAUGUUCCUUUCUCUUUAUCACCAUUGUUACAAGCAAACAUGUAUUCAUUAGUAACCAAAUCGCCUCUCGACAGAGAGAAACAGACCCAGUAUGUCUUAACAAUUCUUGCGGAAGAUUCUGGGCAGCCAUCAUUAUCAUCUGAAAAGACAAUAAGCGUCGUGAUAUCAGAUGUUAACGAUAAUAUUCCAGAGUUUUCACAUAGCCCUUAUACUUAUUAUGUCAAUGAAAAUAAUGCCCCUGGAGCCUCUGUGUUUUCAGUGAGGGCCUCUGAUCGAGAUGAGAAUGAUAAUGCUCUUAUUUCAUAUCGCAUUUUGAGAGAUGCAGGUGAAGACAGCAAACUGACUUCAUUUCUUAAUAUCAACCCUGAAAAUGGAGAUAUCCUGGCACUUAAAAGUUUUGACUUUGAGACACUGAAAACCUUCCAGUUCCAAGUUGUUGCCACAGACUCUGGAACUCCAUCACUGAGCAGCAACGUCACAGUGAACGUGUUCAUUCUGGAUCAGAACGACAACGCCCCAGUCAUCUUGUAUCCGGUGAGCGCGAACGGUUCUGCUGAAGGUGUGGAGGAGAUGCCUCGCAAUGUGAACGCAGGCCAUCUGGUGACUAAAGUGAGAGCCUAUGAUCCAGAUAUAGGAUACAACGGUUGGUUGUUAUUUUCACUGCAGGAAGUGAGUGACCACAGUCUGUUUGGUUUGGACCGCUAUACAGGACAGAUAAGAACACUUCGCUCAUUCACAGAGACAGACGAGGCAUAUCAUAAACUGGUCAUACUGGUGAAAGACAAUGGGAACAUUUCACUGUCAGCAACAGCCACUGUUAUUGUCAAGGCUGUGGAGCCCAAAGAGGCUUUUGCAGCGUCUGAUAUUAAAAGUGCAGCAAAAGAUGAGGAGGAAAGUAAUGUUACAUUUUAUUUGAUAAUAACUUUGGGCUCAGUUUCAGCACUUUUUCUCAUCAGUAUCUCCGUAUUGAUUGUAAUGCAGUGCUCCAAACCUUCUGACUAUUCAUCAAAGUAUCUAAAGGACACGAAUUAUGACGGGACGCUGUGCCACAGCAUCCAGUACAGAUCUGGAGACAAACGGUACAUGUUAGUUGGACCCAGAAUGAGUAUAGGAUCUACAAUUGUCCCGGGCAGCAAUGCGAAUACUCUCGUUCUCCCGGACAGGAGACAAACAUUUGGAGAGGUAAGAACUGUUAAAUAUCAGUGA